GGUCGCCACCUCUUCUCUGCGGAGUCUCUCCCGGACAUGAAAGAUUGGAUCAAGAAGCUUCACUCUGCCUUGGAACAAAUACGAAAUAAUAAUCGACCUGCGACAUCGACCUCAUCCUCCACGAAGGAGAGUGGAAAGAGGAGGAAGGAGGAGAAACGGGAGAGCAAGGACAAGGGUCAGAACAAGGAGAACCAGCACGGCUCAAUCAGAGAGAAGAAGAAGAAGAAAACAGAAGAGUCCAAUCGCUCUCGUAAACCAGGCGUAUCGUCGGAAACUCAAACUACGAGUGUGGAGUCAGCUUCAGUGACGUCAGGUCAGGAGGCAGACCAACAAGCGAUGACUUCACCGAAAGGAGGCGUGCAAUUGCCCGGCCUGACAGUACAUAAAGGCAUUCAACUGCCUGGACUGUCGGCCAGAAAGGAGGUACAAGAUGCGGAAGAGGCGAAAAGUUCCGAAGUGAAUGAAGAGGGACUUCCUGUGGCUGGUCCAACUCUCCCUUGCGUCACCAAGCUCAGAGUGAAAGGGCCACAAGGCCGCCGUGCUCCACAGAACCACCGUCGCACUUUGGCUGCUACAGCCCUUAAGAAGAGAGCCAGUUCCCUGUCCGCGCUGGAGUACCAAGACCUCAACGACAACAGUGAGAACGCCUGGAUAAAUCGGUCUCUGGAUGUGCUGGAAGAUGAGGGGCGCGGGACAAGUGGUGCCCCCUGUAUGGUAGUCUCCGGUCCUACCCUCCCAUAUAAGGCUUACAACUACUCUUCAGAUGAAGAGUUUGGCUUCGAUAUCUCCCACUCGGAUUCUUUCUCCACCUCGGCUUCGGGGAUGCCGCCGCCAUUGCCCCCCCGAUCCGCCUCUUACGGCCUGGAACUACGGUAUAACCCUCCCAUGGGUCCAGAUGGUAGACAAACGUUACAUACUUCCCUGGGAGAUGCAAGGGGCUCGCAAAGGGACCUCAGGGGAUCGAAACGUUCCCUGGGAAAUAGUCAGGGUUAUGAUCUUGUUGGAGAAUGGCAGGAGGAGGUAUGGGGAGGCUCUAGGAAUUCUCUUAGACAGAACGGAGCCUCACCAGUCAUGGAUGAUCUGGAGAACAUGUUGAUGAACCAGAGCAUACAGCACACCAGUGGCAUCAUGGGCUCUGCUAGUGAUGUUGGCAGUGAAGGCAGCACCUGCCGCGCCACUACUCAGCAGAGUUCCCACCGCUGCUACCAGCACCAGAAGCAGCAGCAACAACAACAGCAGCAGCAGCAACAGCAGCAGCAGCAACACCAGCGACAGCAGGGACGCAAGAAAUCAUACGAUCUUAGCCGGUUCGCCACCGCCGUGCGCCACUUACAGAGACAUGUUGUCGAAGUUGAUCGCGCUGUGUUCAACAUUACAAGCGACAUCUCAGACACUCGAGGGGAAGUCACAACACUGAAGGAGGCUGUGCUGGCGUUACAGGUAGACACUGACACCAUCACAACUACGCUUUCCAACUUAACACAGGAGGCCAUUACAGCCCAGGAAAAAAUCACCAAAGCUACGAAGAGCAGAGCAGACUUUAAAGAGCCAGUGAAAGAAGCUGAGAGGGUACAACACGCAGCCAACCUGGCGCUGAGAGAUGCUGAGAGAGCCAGGCAGGAGCAACAGAAGAGUAAGAAGGAAUACGACGAAUUGGUGGCAGAGGUAAAACUUUUACUGGAAAGUCUCCGGGAGUCUCGAGAUACUGUAGCCCAGGUGCAGACCUUCGAAGCCACCGCUCCUCCUCAGAUGAAGGCUAGCAGUAACAGCAGCAGCAGAAGCAGAAGCACAAGUGGUGAGAGCCAUAACCCGAAGGCACAGGAUCAAGGCAACAAGACAACUACCGGGAAAUUCUCUCGUGAACAGAAGGCCUCAAGAACAGUAGAAGAGGCCCCAGCAGUUCAGCUUCCAGCAAUAUCUUCUGCAAAGACGGACAACGCCAGCUCCUCUACAACUUCUACAGCUAGUCCGAGGGUCUCUGUGGGAAGCUCGACAGGAUCCUCGGGAAGCACCGUAGGGAAGUCCUCAGGCAGUGCCCCGGCUGCUAGCACAGGAAAGUCGACGGGGUAUCAGUCUCUGUUUGCUAAACCAUCAAGUAUCAUCUCAGGACUAACUAACAGACAUUCUUUUUCUAAAUCUGUCUCAUUUGCUGAUCAAAAAAACAAAGAAAAGACAAAAAAUGAAGGAACGGACAUAACCUCAAUGAAUUCAGACAAAAAGAAAAAAGAUGAUGGUCAUCAGAACUUUAAAGACAAAAAAGACAAAAAAGACGACAAGCACCAGAGUUCCUUAGAAAGAAAAGACAAACAGGAAUCGAAACAUAACAAAGAAAGGAAGCGCAACAGUACAGACAUGGGCAGCAUUGAUAGGAAGAACAAAGACAAGAGAAGCAAUACAGAGAGAAAAGAUACAAGCAGCAUAGAUAGAAAGGAACGAAAGGCAAGGCUUCAGAGUAACGAUAAGAAGGCUAAUCUACACAAAGCAAAAGACUCAGAGCACUUAAUAUCACAGAUAUCUUUGGAUGACAUUCCUAUGGCCGACGACAACAGUCAUGAACUGUUGAACCAACCUGAAGUAUUGCAAGAUAAAGAUUCUGUCUCAGCCAUUAAGUGUUCCUCCACUGAGGUUUCCAUGAAAAGUUCCUUGAACUUCUCUCUGGGCAAGUCAUCUUCCUUACCAACUGUCUCUUAUACUGGUCCCACCCACCGUCCUCGGGCGUUGCCAUUAAAGCGAGACCAUCAGCAUGGAGAACAGUCAAUAUCCAACGCUUCAUCACCAGAGUCACCCACUUCACCUAGUCCGUUUCCUCGUUCAUCUUCAGCCCUUUCACCAUUAGAGGAAUCCCCAUGUUUCUCGGAAUCAUUGUCAGUUUCGUCACUGCAUCAGCCGGGAUCGACGCCUGGUCCUCUCGCACGACAGGGUUCCAUGACUACUGUUCCUGAAGACAGUACAGUUGUCAGUCCACCACCAACAAAGCGUCCUGGCGUAUUUGCUAUUAGUCGCCAAAACUCUUCACCAAAUAUUCCACUCCAACGUCAAAACUCUGGACCGAUCUUCCCUUUACAACGACAGCAUUCCUUAGGGGUUGUACCCGAAGAAGGUCGACUACCGCGUCAGGAAUCUCUUAUGUCAGUUCCAGAGGAGAGGCCCAUAGUGGACCAAACAUUGCCGCUAUCUCCCUCACAGUCCAUGAGUCAGUUUCCUCUCUCACCAACCACGUCAUCGUCUACUUUGUGUGAGUCUGCUCGUCGGGCAGUUCGGGAAUCCAUGGAACUGGUGACGGGACCGGUACUAGCUGGGUCAUCCGUACAAGAAGCGUCAGCUACUGGCACGCUGCCUGUACUUAUCCUCAGUGAUAUAGACAAGCCCUCUGCCACAUCCACACUUAAAAAACUUCCUAAACCCGAGAAAGACACAACUGGAAUCCUGGUAUAAUGGAAGAAAUUUCCAGAUAUUGCAAAUAUCAUUUAUUUGUGGCAAGAAUCAUAAUCCACCAUGGAUUUCAAAAUAUUAAAAAAAUGUUAAUUCCAAUAAAUUCACAUUUUUUUUUGUAAAACUAGUUGCAUGUAUUACUAAAAGUUUUUUUUUUGUUAAGGAGGGUUGAGUCAUGAGGUGACUGGACCAGAGGUUGUGGUUUUGGCGAAGAUUAUUAUUAUAAUAAAAGAAGCGCUAAACCACAAGGGCUACACAGCGCGUUUUGGCGAAGAAUUCCUUAUAAAUUUAAGAGUUCCAAAAAAAUGUGUCUAACGAGAAGAAUUGAAUGGAAUAUUCUUCUAAAUAAUGACACUAAUUCCAAUUUUAUUUCUAUUUCUUAUCCAAAACUGAACACAUCUAUGUAUCUGAAGGCUGAAGAGCUACUUAUUUAUUAUAUUAACAUAACCGUAGUGUGAAGAUCCUGGUGUGACCGACCUUUGUCAAAAAGAGCACUUGAAAAGGACGGUCAUUUCUUUUUCAACGAGGAGAAAAUCACAAUGUAUUGUCCUUUUAAAAUUCUUACUCUUAUUUUGCAUGUUACUGGUUUCUUUAUCAAACUAUUACUGUGAAAUGAAGUAUUGUGAUGCAUCUUUCACUUUAUAAACUUCUGGAAUUAA